AUGCCUGGCGAACUAACUCUCCAAGACCCUACUGGGCCGUGGGCGACACUACGACUCCUCCAACCCGAUGAAGCUGAACGGACCCUGGGAGUCAUGAUGGCCCACUUGAGACCGGAACAGCACAACACCUUACCCUGUGGGGCCCUGUGGGAGAAGGCCAAGACCUGGGCAGCCAAGUUCUGUCCCCAACAUCUACUGUGCUAUGACGUUCUUCCGCCCAAGGCAACCGCCUUGAAAACUUUGGAGUACAUGAUGCCCCUUUCCACACUGGCCGCUCCGCCUGGGUGUCUAUCAUGUCACCGAUCCUCCAAGCGAGUUUGCAUAAAGCUGGGGUUUGCCGUUCCUUUCCCCGCGUCUGUUCUGAUGCGCCAUUCGGCCAACUGUACCAAGACCGGCUUGUACCUUGAGGCCAACCUACAGUCCCACCAACUCGAAACGGACACCUCCUUUCCCCUUCUUCAACAAGAACCCACCAACACCGGGAUCCUUGCCUCCAAAACAUGGCUCAAACGGGUUUGGAUCGAGCUUGACUCAUUGGGCAUCAGAGUCGAGAUCUCCUCCCCUCCCUUGUCUCUACACUGUGCCAACGAUCGUCUCCUGAUGGACAUCUUCAUUGAUGCCUUGGUCGUCCAAGAGGGCUUGCUGUGGCUCAACUGGUGCCGCCAAUACCUCCAAGUCACCGCCCUCUCGGAACUCGCCACCGCCGACGGGUGUUCCCUGACGGCAGCUUCUAUUGCCGGCCAACCCUCCGGACACUUUGCGACCAGCUACAAUUGGCCCCAGACCCAAUGCCCUGGCCCCUCUCAUUGGGACCUAUGGCGACGGGUCCUCUCUCAAGCCGUUCUCCGCCCCUACAGUCGCCGUCGCCGCUUGCUGCGCCCCCCCCCCCUUGGACCGUGGUCUGAUUCGCUAGACCAAUGGACCUGGCUCUUCUCUUGCACCGCUUUGAUCGUCUUCCAUCGGACGGCCAAACACCUGGCAAUCUACCGACCCAUCAACUCGCGUUCACAUAAGACCUUCCGCAGGGAUCUUCACCACACCUGGACAGGAACCCUUCCUGGGGACGUCCAAAGGGCAUCAGUCACCCUUCACCCACAGACAGCCUACAUCACUGUCACGGGCACGGCCCCGGUAGAUCCACCAGAUCCGGAGACGCUGCCAUCCUCGAUCCUUCACAUCUGGAAGGAAUUGGCAGCCGACAUGGACGAUGAUUGGGGAUCAGUCCCGGAAUACAUCUACAUUGCAGGUGACGAACAAGUCCUACUGGAGGCACUGGAGAAGGGAAAGUUACGGGUGAUUAGCGAUGGCUCCUUCAAGCAACAAGUGGGCACAGCCGCAGUCCAGCUACGGACUAGACGUGGAGGGCACGUCAUCUGGAUCAAGUGCCGUACACCUGGUAAACAAGAGGAUCAGAGUGCGUACCGGAGUGAACUUAUCGGUCUGUUAGCUGGUAUCUUGGUGGCUUCUUGGCUCCGCCUACACCUACAGUCCCUCGCCAAGCCAUGA